AUGAGUGGUACAAUAGUUGUGGGGUCAAAUAUUUAUGAGACUGAAUUUUUGGAUGAAAUCUUCAUCCAUUAUGGCAAUAAAACUGCCGACACUAUCAGCUUUAAAGAUGGACUGAUUAUUAGUCCUAAGAAAUUGGAGUUGCCUGAAUAUAAAAUUAAUAGAUCUGAGUAAGGAGAAGUCAUCAUGGCCAUUCUUAAGGAAGCCAUGAAUCUGUUAGAAUAUUCAAAGCUAUCAGAUUUGGGAAUAAUCAAUAUGUUUGAAUUACAAUAUGUAAAUCAAUUGAAAUCAUAUCCAUCUCUAAGAUUUCAAUUUAUGGAUAAAGAAUAACCAUCAAUAUUAAUGGAUGUUCGUAAAUCCUAUUUUACAGUGCAUAAUUGUUAUCAAAUAAUUAAAACUUUAAAUACAGAGCCAUCUGCAUAUUUUAAGAAUAAAUUUGUUUUAUUGAGGUACCCAGAAAAAAAAAUGAUUGUUCAAAUAAAAUCUGUAGUGGUUGAUUAAGAGUUCACAUAUAAAGGUGUAUCUUUAGAAGACUACUUUAAAUAAAAAUAUUAAUUAAAGAGCAAAUCAAGUGUCUAUUUAGAAACUUACAAUACUCAGAAUAUUAAGAAAUAAUUCUUAAUUGCAGAGUUUUGUGAUUUGAAAAUAGAUUACAUUGAAUAAGAUGCUACUGUUUAUUGUCAACAAUUAGAAUAUUGGAAUAAAAUUAUUAACAAUAGUUCAUCAUUUAUUAAAUUCUUAAACUAGUAUAAAUUAAUAAUCAGAAAUGAAUAAGUUGAAUUCAAAUAAUAAUACUUAGAACCUGGAAAUUUGGUAUUAAAUAAUCAAACUAAAUCAAUAUUUUAAAUAGUGGCAUCCAGAACAUCAAGUGAAUUUGAAUACUAUUAUACAGACUUUUUCCUUAAGAAUGCAUCUACAUUCACAACAUCCUUAACCAUCAAUAAAUUAAUUAUAUUAGUAACUAGAGAAAUCACUGAACUGAAAGACAAUUUUAAUAUUUUUUUAGAGAAAUUUGAUUUAUUUAUCAAAUCUAGAUAAUACAAAAUAUCAUAACCAGAGAUUUAUGAUAUAAAUAAUAAUUUGAAUGAAAUUUUAGAAAAAUAUGUCACAGAAGACUCUUAUGUACUUUUUGUUGGAGAUCAAAAGACAGAUUUUACAUCAGCAAGAAAUACUUUGUUAUCCAAGGCCAUUCCUAAUUAAUUAAUAAACCUCCCCAUCCAAGACCAAGAGAUCAAUAGAUUAUUAGCUAUAAUGACUGCUAAUCUUGGUAGUGUCCCUUGGUCUAUUAAAGAAAUUAAUGGAUAGAUCAAUAAUAAAAAGAGUGCUGUCCUAGGUAUUUGGAAAAGUGACAAUUCCUUUUCUGCAUGUCUCAGCAUUAAUAAAUACCUCAACAAAUAUAUAUCCUCAUUCGGAGAUUUAGAUUAAAUUCUGACACUUCUUUUGUCUACUUAUUAUGGCACACACAAAACUUUAGCAAAUUAAAUCAUCAUAUUUGCUGAGGAAGAUUACACAGAUAUUAUGGAACAAAGAAUUCAAGGACUCAUUUAAUUAAUACAAGACCAAGGAUUAGCAGAAUCUACCUAAAAACCUGAAAUUGUUAUGGUUUAAGUAAAGGAUGCCAGCGAAGAAAGAUACUUCACUUAUUUCGAGAGGAAUUUUGAAUCUUACUAUUGCAAAAACCCUUAAGUAGGUUGUAUAGUUCCUAUCAAUGAAAAAUAGGGUAGAUUUUCAUUCCAUUCUUAGAGAGGAGAGUAAGGAUGUUUACAAGCUCAAUAAUUAUAAAUUAGUUCAUCCAACAGAAGAGAAAUAGCCUAAUUAUACUAUCAUUUGAUUUUCUUAAAUUUCGAUUUGAGUUCUAUCACUUAUUUACCAGCGCCACUUCAUUAUGCAAAAAAAUUGUCUAAACAUCAACUUUAGAGUGAACAGUACAAAAAAGCAAUAGAAAAAGGACAUAUGUUAUUUGUUUGA